CGCUACCCCAUCGCCCAAUUCUCGCCAAGCCGGCCAAUUGGCCUCUGACCGUAACCCGGCCACACUCCAUCACCCCGGCCGUCGCCGUCGGCCGUGCCUGGCCACAAACGGCGUCGAUUGAGGAAGCAAUACCCUUCCUCAACUCCGGUAGAUGAGGGCUCAAGGGUUGAAUUGGACGAAAACAUCAUGGCGUUGUGCCAUUGCCAAAUUACUGACCGGGGGUUCGCCGAUGCCACUGACAUGGUUGGACCCUCCAUCGAGGUCAUGAGACCCACCAGUACUCAAACUGCUCUAGACGCACCGUCGGGGUUCUUCACAGUCCAUCUGGCGUCUUUGAAGAAGGGGCUGCGCUUCCCACUCCACCCGUUGUUGAUCGAAUUCCUUAACGUGGUGGACCUUCUCCCGUGCCAACUGGUCCCCAACUCUCACCGGUACAUCGCCGGUUACCUGGUCCGGUGCAAAGAUAUAGGGGUGAAUCCGACCUUGGACCAUUUCAUAUUCACCUUCAAACUGACCAAGGGCCAUAAGGAUUGGGCAUCCUAUGCCAGUCUUUCCCAGAGGUCCAGUAAACUCUUUGCUAGUGAUAAGAAGGGGUCAACCAAAGAUUGGAAGCCUUUCUUUGUCUUCGUUUCGACGGGGCCCGAAUCUCCUUUCACGGUGGAAUUACAAGAUUCAGGAGAAGAGAUGGACAGCGAUCUCCUGCUCAGUCGCUUCACCGCAGGGAGGAAAAGGAAGAGAGAGACGAAAGGCCAGGGCAAACGUUCUUCAUCCCACCACGAGGAGGGUCCUUCUCGAGGGCCGGUCAUAAUUGCGGUGGAGGACCAAGAAGAUGCUACCCAGGAACCGGGUACCAUGGCUAGCCAGUCCCCUCCACACCCCAUGAUGCAGGGUGGCGACCUUGCUGGGUCGUCUCAGGGCAUUGCCUUGGGGCGACCUCCAUCACCACCCGCAAUGACCUACGAGGUGGCGACCGAGGGUCGCUCGACGAGGCUCUGCAUCCCUCCCCUGCCCCAAAGCCUAGGGGAUGUACAGCUGGAGACUCUUAUCACUCUGCCUGCAGAAGACCAGGCUCGUAUCUCGGCAGGCUCCGAGGACGACCUUGACAACAUGGUCCUUCUGAGGCUCAGUCAGGCUACGCUGGGGAUGAUUGAGGUGGUCGGCCGGAGACGGGGUCGCCAGGCCACCGCGGACGAGGUGAUGAAAGCAGCCGAGGUUAAGCAGAAGGAGCUGCAGGAAGAGGUCGCCCGACUCACCAAGGAGUUGGAGGAGAAAGAAAAUCGCUGCGCGGCGCUUACUGUGGAGAAAGCUUCCCAGGAGAACCGCUGCGUCGCCCUUGAGGCAGACAAGGCCUUCUUGUCCUUGGAGGUAGAAUCUGUUUCUGCUCGAGUGGUCGAGCUGGAAGGGGAGAAAUCUGAUCUGAUCCAGCAGCUGGAGGUGGAGAGGAGCGAUCGGGUCCGCCAUGCAGAGGGAGCGGUAGAAUCCUUCAAGUCCUCUCCUGACUUCACGGUAGUCGCAAUGGAGCGGAUGAAAGAACUAACGGCCGCUUGGCUCAAAACUGAACCUGGGGCCCAAUGGAUGGUCAAGGAGGGAACCAAGUCCUUCAAUUGCGGACUCUUCCUUGCCCAACAGGUCUUCCACAACAGGCUGGCCCAGCUCCCUAAAGGAUUCUCUCUCCCCGACCUCGGCUUCCCUCCUCCCUGCCGCUCUUUGGCUGAGUUCGACCCCAGUCCCUAUCUGGACGGGGGGAGCUCGAGUGCGUCGGAAGAGGAGGAAGAAGAAGAAGUGGAAGGUGGUCAGAGCGACCAGAAUCCAGGGGCCAGCCUAGCCAUGUCCAAAGCGGGUGGACCCUCCGGCUCGGCCGUCUAAAUCCCCCAUUGUUCCCCCAUAGCUUUACCAACACUUGCCUCUCUCUUUUCCUUCGGAAUGAUUUGUCGUUUUGAUACAACGCUCCUAUGUUAUUUAAUUUUCUAGAUUCGCCAUGUGUUUUCUCUCUUUGGCGCUUUACUUCAGCACUCUCUUUUUUGAUUUAGCUGGUUAACACGUAUGUUUUAGUUUGGG